AACAUCAUCUACAAAACUAAUCAUCGUUUGAAAAUGACCUUCCAGAAGUGUGAUCUUUUAAAAAUGUGAAAAAUAUCUUCAUUAUCAAUUUAUCAAUUUACAGAUUUAUAUCAACUUUGUUUACAAUUACAAACCAACUUCAUAAAUUCUGGAACUUAAUUAUGUGAUUAUGAUGUGUUCAACUUGAAUCUUUUUCAAGAUUAGGCGCUCUAGGAGGCGUGACAGUCUUAUUUUGGGUUUUUUGGGUUGUUUUAAUUGCAUCUAUGAUUUAAUUAGAUUGCCAGCCAUUCUUUUAGGUCUUAAAUUGGCCUUAAUUAAGCCAUUUGUCUAAUCUUAUGGUGUUUCUUAUUUGUUGUGGUCUUUAUUUGUGUCCAUCUUUAAGCUGAAAAUAAUCUGAAAGCGAGGCAAGUUAGAAAUCAAUAUUUAAGUCAAACCCAAAUAUUGAUUUUUUUGCUUUCACUGCUCACCUCUUUCUUCUCUUUCUUCUAUUACUCUGGUCUUAUUUUUUCAUACAAAGAUUUUCACUUGAAUUCAAUGGAUUAUCUCUUGUUCAACCUAGUGCUGGUUUAUUAAAUUGAACCAACAGUAUUCAUCACGUUUUUGUUAUCUCUACUAAAUGAUGUACCCUAUUGGAAUGAGCAGCUCUAAUUGCUCUAAUUCAACAAACUCUAUUAAUAAUUCAAAUGGAAGCAACUCUGGAAAUAGUGCAGCUAACAGUACUAAAAUUAGUCCAUCAUCUAGCGGAAUAACUACACCAACUAGGGUUAGUAUUAAGGAAGCCAAUGAUCAUUUGCAGUUACUUCAUUCUCGUGUUAAUGAAUUGGAAGAUAUUAUUCGCCAACAAAAUGGCCAAUCUGCGGAGCAAGAGGAAACCUUUAGGAGACAAUUAAAGGAAUUGAAGUCUGCUAAAGAAGCUCAAAUUGAUGAGUUAACAAAGACAAUUGUGCGUCUGGAGGAGAAGAUAAAAGACCUUGAAUCUUCUGUUAAAUUUAAAAAUGAAAGACUUGAAGAGAACCAGAUUCGAUUGACACAAAUGGACCAGAUAAGUGAUUUUUUACCAGGAUUAGAAAAUUUAAUUUCUAUAUUAAAACGAGUUACAGCCCAAGAAGACACUGUGAUCUCACCUAUCAAGACAUCAAUCUCAUGUAAUUUACCAAUCAUUGGAUUAAUGGAUCAAGAAAUAAAUGAUAGUCACAACUCGAGUCACAAGCAAAUCAAUAGCAAUUCUAAAGAUGAUGAAUCUAAUGGCGACCAUUCUAAUGAAGUCCAUUCCUCUACAGUUGACAUUGCAUGUCAAACUGACAUAAUUGGUGAUGCUGGGAUAACUGUUAGUAAUCCAGAAAUUACUAAUGGAAGUGUUAGCACAAACAAUAGCAACGAAAAUGACCCAAGCAAUUUUAAUGAUGCAGUCGAAACCAGUGGUAUUAGUACCAUUAGCGGAUCUUGUUCAUCAGAGGCUUGCUAUUCAAAAAGGUCAUCAAUAGAUGACACAAAUUAUAAGGACAAAGUACCAUCUGAGGAAAGAGUUGGUUUUACCAUCACAGACGAUGGAGCUGAUCAACAAUGGAUAGCUGACAAACGCACUAAGAAUCCAAGGAGUAAUCGCCCAAGGAGAUUAAGAAAAAGUUCAUCUGUUAACUGUCAAUAUUCUAAUUCAAACAAUUGGGAAAAAGACUUCUAUUGUGGAGCAUCAUUAAACAAUCCGGUAUUCGGCCCUGGAAGAACAAUUGGAUAUAAAAACCACUCAAAUAACUCUUCAUCACAUAUUUCUGGCAAAAUCGAAAAAAGUUUCAGUAUUACAAGUAAUUUCUCUGAAGAUGAAGACUUUCCAUCAAAUGGAUCGCGAGGCUAUCACAAAUGAAUAUUGACCAUCUCACAUUAUCUCAUCUUUAUUUCAGUUUUUUAAUUUAGCUAAUGAAUUAAGCGAUUGAUAUACAUAUUCAAACAUGAAAAGAUGAGCGAUACCAAAGACAGUUUUAUAAACAAUGAAAAUCAAAAACGCAACAUUGACAAAAAUUAUGUGUUUUAUAUUUAUUAAUUUUUGCUUGAAUUAAUGUAAAACAAAUUUUAAAAGCUAGUCAUUCUAAUUACCUGUAAAUCGUCUGUGAAUGUAUUAUAAGAAUCAAUCUUGAGUUAUCAUUUAUAUUUAAUACUAUUAUAAUAUAUAUGUAUAUAUUAUACUAUUAUUAUAUUAAUAUGUAAAUAUAAUGUGCUAUGUCAUUUUGAAUUAUAUUUGUUGGUAAUUAAAUAAUAUG